UUCCCUAAACCCCCUCACCUUUCAAAAGCUUCACUAAACCCCCUGGCCUUUAUGGCGGCGCCAUUCACGGCCCUUCUGAAGAAAAAAAACACAAAAUCGCGGCGCCGCCAACGAUUUAAUCGUUUGCAUGCGUUUUCCUCGCCACCUGUCGACCCACGUGACCUGUCCUCUGUCAGUUGCAACAGUCCCUCUCUCUGACAUGCCGGUUGACUUUUCAAAUUUUAAAAUCAAAAAAAAAAAUUAACCGCUCGGUAACUUUUAUCUCUCUUUCAUCUUCUUUCUGACAUACUCUUUCAUCCUUCUCUUCUCUUCCCUUUUUUCUUCUGAAACUCAUUCUCUUCCCUUUUUUCUUCUGAAACUCUCAUUUUCACACCGCCAUUGUCUCGUCGAUUGCCUGUUCAUCUUCCGUGCUUUCUGUGUUUUUGCAUUGUGAAGAAGAAAAAAUAACGAAGGAACAAAACAUAAAUUUAGAGUUUUUAUAGUGAAAGAAUUACAAAAAUGAGAAAGAAAGGAAAAGGAAAAUCAAAGGAAAGAGAACGAACGGGACCACCUGGAACUGCUGGAUGGGGUUUAAUGGAUGAGAGCGAUAGUGACGAAGUGGUGGAAGUGUCACCAGGUUUUGAAUUUUUUCAAAUCAACCUUCACAUUAAUGGGGCAUUGGGGGAAUGGGGUUACCAUGAUGGGGAAGUGUCCACCGGCGUUUAUUCUGUGUCUGGUAUGACUAUGAAGAAAUUAGAUAGAUGGAUGAAAAGAGAAAAAGUUGAGGGCUUAGUUGAUUAUUACUGGAAAGAAAAAGACAAGGAAUUUCAUGAUUGGAUUAGACCGAUAAAUCACGACGAUGAUGUUAUGGAAAUGGCAAGUGCUGGGAAGAGGGAUGGAGAAGUGGAUGUCUAUGUUAGGAAACUGACCGUUAAAGACAUUGAGGCUUUAGUCCCUCCGCCCCCCUCGCCCCCACAUGUUGUAAUUGAGGAGAUACCAAAUCCCAAAGAUUUAGCUUAUGUGUAUCCCACUCCCGUGAAAAAAGUAAGGGGUAAACCAUUGGCUACCAAGGCUGGUGGGAGUAAACCAAUGGGUACCAAGGCUGUUGGUGAAGGUCCUUCAGAAAGUGGGGGGUCAUGGAUGAGUCCAUAUGUAAGUGAAUAUGUAAGUGAAGGGGCUUCUAUGGUCCAGGGAAAUACGCAGGCUCAGGAGAAUGAAGGGGCAGAUUUUUUGGGACAAACUGACACUGGGAAUGAUGAGGUUGCUGGUGAGCGGGCAAAUGAAGAGGCAAGCGUUCAGAUGGCUGAUGAAGAUUGCCAUGAUAAGGGGGAUGGGGCUGCUGAAGAUUGCCAACUUAAUGGGGCUGAGGCUGGGGCUGUGGAUGGGGCUGAAGCUGAGGCUGGGGCUAUGGAUGGGGCUGAGGCUGAGGCUAUGGAUGUGGCUAUGGAUUUGGCUGAGGCUGAGGCUGGGGCUGCUGAAGAUUGGCAAGUGAAUGGGGUUGAGGCUGGGGCUAGUGAACAGCAUGGGCCACAAGAGGAAGAAGUUCCAAUUCAGGGGCCACAUGAGGAAGCUCAGGAUUUGGGGGCUGACGAUGGGCCGCACAUGGAUGAGGUAGAGGGGCUGCAUGAUAAGGGUCCUACUCAACAAAUUCAAGAUGUGGACUUCGACAAUUUCUUCCAGACCCAACAUCAGCCCCCUUUUGAGGGUUUAUUUGAGGACCAGAACAGGGAACUACCGCAAAGGCAAAGUGAAGACCAGCCACCGAUGCCCACUGAAGAAGAGCUUCAUCAUUCACAUGAAUGGGUUGAAGUUGAAGAUUGGGAUGAUGAUCUAGAUGAGUACAUUGUGGAUCCUGAUUAUGACAUCUUGGAUGGUGAUGAAGAUUUGACUACCGAGUUGAGGUCAAACGGUCAGUUGCCUGAAGAGAAUGAAGAGAAUGAACAGGAUGAAGAGAACGAAGAGAAUAUUGGUGCUUCGCAGAACAGGGCUGGUGGGAGAACCAAAGGUAAAGCCCAAUUUGAGUCUGGUGGUGUUGACAGAACAAUUCACCAGGACACUGUGGGUGGUGAUUCAGAGGAGCAGUUUAAGAAAGCCUGCCGUGAGUGGGGGAUACACCACAGGUACCAACUGCACUUCCCUGUAAAUGAGAUAACAAGGGUGAGGGCAAAGUGCUACUCAAAGAGCAAAUGUAAGUUCUACGUGUUUGCCUCAAAGCUGCACCUCAAAGAUCCCAAUGACAGCACAUUCCGAGUGAAGACCCUUGAUCUGCGCCAUACAUGUCCUAAAGUGAGCAAAAACUUCCACCUGACUAGUGCAGUCCUCGCCGACAAGUACUUAGAAGAAUUUAGAAACGAUCCUGAAUAUAAGUCUGAAGUGUUUGUGAAGAAGAUUCAGACGGACCUAAAACAAUCAAUAAGCAUUCAGCAGGCAAGAAGAGCAAGAAGGGCAGCAUUGGACAAAUUGGAGGGUGAUGAAGACCGGCAAUAUGAGAAGCUACCUUCGUGA